AGAAGCCAAAAAUAUAUUCAGUCACUGCAGCAGAAAGGCUGAGAGUGAACAUAAUACACGCAGGCCACCAAUUUCCGUGCGUUACUGCACUGCAUGUCGAAUCGUACAUCCAAUCGAAGUCGCGCGUUUCGUUUAGGGUUUUUCCACCCCUCAGAAAAAAAACCCUAAUUCCCCAAAUUCACGUGCUGGACAUGAUUGUUCUUCUUCUUCAAAAUCCCUUAGAAUUUGGAAUUCGAACCGUAAAUGGGUGUCAUGACUAGUAACCGUAAGCGUCCCGAAGAAUGCAUGAACGUUAAUCACACCAAUUCUGAUUCCCACAGGAAAAAACCCAAAUUAUCGACCCGACCCGUUUCUUCCUCGAACAACGUCGUUUCCCGAAUUUCCCGGUACCCGGAGACCAAGUUACCGUUGGCGAGGGAGGUUCACGCGCCGUGCAGGCCCCGAAAAUUCGAACUUUGGAGGUUUAGGGCUAGGGCUAGUGCCGGUGACGACAUGGGCAACGCUCUAUUCGGAAAUUACGAGAAGGCGAAGUUUUCGGCAUUGUCGAAAUGCAAGUUUUUGUCGCAUAAAGGGAAGGAGGUGAUAGAUGUGGACGCAGAGAGUGAAGAACCUCGAUUCCGGUCAUACGAGGUUUCGGGAGAUUCGAGUGUGGAAGAGGUGGUUGCGGUGAGUGAUGAUGAUGAUGACGAUUUGGGUGACAAGGUUAGGGUUCAGCAGCAGUCAACGUCUUCGUUGGAUUCAGAGUUGACCAAUGGGAACUUGAAGGUUGUGAGUGGUGGAAAGGUGUGGGGUUCUGAGAUUCAUGAUCUUUCGAGUGUUCAUGUGUAUAAGAAGUUGCUUGAGGCUGUUGGGAGGAGAAGUGACUCCAUUAAGAGGUUGGAUUUUGAAAUUAAACUGAAUGAGAAGCGCAGAGACACUUAUAAUUUGUUGCGUCCCAAGAAGGAAUCAGUGGAGGUAAUCAUGGAAGUGCCACAUGAGCCUUUUGUCUCACUUACAACUGAGGAAGAAGAUGAGGUUAAACGCGCCUUUUCUGCCAACUGGAAGAAGAUUUUGGUUACCCAUGAGAGUUCUAAUAUUGAGAUCACAGGAGAAAAGUUUCAGUGUCUUAGGCCAACUGCAUGGUUAAAUGAUGAGGUGAUAAAUUUAUACCUUGAGUUGCUGAAAGAGAGGGAGCAAAGAGAACCACGGAAAUUUCUGAAAUGUCAUUUUUUCAAUACCUUUUUCUACAAAAAGUUAACUAGUGGUAAUAAUGGUUAUGAGUUCAAGUCUGUCAGAAGAUGGACGAGCCAACGGAAAUUGGGAUAUGGUCUACUUGAAUGUGAUAGAAUAUUUGUACCUAUCCAUCAAGAGAUACAUUGGUGCCUGGCAGUUAUCAAUAAGAAAGAAAAGAAAUUCCAGUAUCUUGACUCGCUGAAAGGAAGGGAUAGUUAUGCGCUAACAGUGCUGGCUAGAUAUUUUGUGGAUGAAGUAAAGGACAAGACUGGAAAAGACAUUGAUGUACAAACUUGGGAAAAAGAAUUUGUUGAAGACCUUCCUGUGCAGGAAAAUGGGUUUGAUUGUGGAGUGUUCAUGAUCAAAUAUGCUGACUUCUAUAGCAGGGGCCUGGGGCUGUGUUUUAACCAGGAACACAUGCCUUACUUCCGGCGUAGGACGGCUAAGGAGAUCUUGAGAUUGAAAGCUGAAUGAGUAAAGAAGUGAUUGUCCAUCAGCAUUCCAAUACUUUGUCAUGGAUCUAGGGUUUUUGGUAUAAGAGAUUUGAAAAGUCAUUAAAGUCUAAUUGGCAGCAUUUGUUGAUGAAGGAUAUCCUUCACAUUUGGCAAUGUUUUAACUCUUAACAAUAGCCAUUGUAGAGUUGCAGCACUUGUUAGGUUGAAUACUGAACAGACUUUAGAUAUGAUCAUGGUGUUUGGGUACAGCUUGUGGGUAGUGUAGAAUGCAGUAGGCUGUAUAUUGGUAUACAAGAGUGAUUUAUUUAUUAGACGAGGCAUAGUUUUACGGUUGAGGUGUUAUUUUUGUAAUGUUAAUACCCCCCUCCUCUUUCUAUUCUGGUUUGCUCAAUGUUAUUGUUUGUUCCUGAUGCCAUGGGAAUUAAGAGGAAAGAAAAGAGUGAUAAUUUCAUUGGUUGUGAUUAUGUCAAGGUUUACGUGAUAUGGCUGUCCAGUUUAUGGUUUUAGAUUUAUCUCCAUUAGUAUAAAACUUGCCAAGUCCAUUUGUACAUCCAAAAAUAUACGCAAUAAGGAGUAAACUUUUGGUUUGGUU